AUGUUGGUGCAUAAUUUUUAUAAUGGUUUGAAUGGGACGACAAGAACAAUUAUAGAUGCUGCGGCGGGAGGUGCCUUUAUGAGAAAAAGUGCUAAUGAGGCAUAUGAGCUAUUAGAGGAGAUGGCGAUGAACAAUUACCAAUGGCCAAAUGAAAGGGGGCAGCCAAAGAAGGUGGCUGGAAUGAUGGAAGUGGAUGCCAUAACCAUGCUUACCGCUCAAGUAGCAGCUUUGACGAAGCAAUUGCAAAAGACUACCCUACCCUCUCAAGCUAUGCAAGUUCAAAACUCAUGUGAAGUGUGUGGUACAGCCCAUCAACCAAACCAAUGCCCUGCUACAGACAUGAAUAAUAUGCCCAUGGAAGAAGUCCAAGCCAUAGGAAAUUACCAAAGACAGCCUAACAAUCCCAAUUCCAUGACUUACAACCCAGCUUGGAAGAACAAUCCCAAUUUUUCCUGGUCUAAUAACCAAAACACUCUCCAACCUUAUCCUCAACCUCAGCCACCUUAUAUACCUACCCAAAAUAGGCCACCCUAUCCACAACAAUAUGCACACCAAAAUCCUCCACCAGGCUACUAUCAACCACAAAAUAGACCACCUCCACCCAUGCCAAUGAAACCAGCUGAAUCCCAACCUGAUGUGCUUAACCAAUUCAUGACUGAGACUAGGGCAUCCAUAAGAAUUUUGGAGACUCAAAUAGGUGGGACUAAGUAUGAGGGGCCUACAGUAGCAAACAAGGGCAAGAAGAGUGAGGAUCGAUAUGUCACUAGUCCAGCACAAGAGGAGGUUACUGCAGAUUUUCUUAAGAAGGAGAAGUCUAAUGAAGAAAAGGUUACUGAAGACCUUAACAAGAAAGAAGUGGUACCACCAGUGAGCAUUGACCACCAUGUUAGAGUUCCAUAUCCACAAAGACUUCGCAAGCAUAAUUUGGAUAAGCAGUUUGCAAAGUUUUUAGAGGUGUUCAAGAAGCUGCACAUUAAUAUACCGUUUGCAGAAGCAUUAGAGCAGAUGCCUAGCUAUGGUAUGGAGGGUACAAUUCCGGAGGAGUUUGCGCAAGAAUUACCGGUUGAACAGCCGCCUAUUCAACCUGCGGCUGGUAAUUUUGAUCCCUACAUGCAUCUGAUACAGAAUCAGUUUCAGUAUUUGGUUCAGCAGAACAACUAUCAGAUUGCACAGCAGCAACAUAUGCAACAAUACAUGGCGCAGCAGAGUGAGUAUCAAAUUGCUCACGUAGACCAGCUAAAUGCUUUGGUCAAUCGGUGGUCUAUCCGAAACGAGGAAGAUGUGGCUCCAUUUCCUGUUCCAUCUCCGUUUUUACCGUAUCCACCGCCACCGCCACCGCCGCCUCCAUCAUUUUAA